GUCUACCCCUGGACCCAGAGGUUCUUUGCGUCCUUUGGGAACCUCUCCAGCCCCACGGCCAUCAUGGGCAACCCCAGGGUCCGUGCUCACGGUAAGAAAGUGCUGAGCUCCUUUGGGGAAGCCGUGAGGAACCUGGACAACAUCAAGAACACCUACGCCAAGCUGUCGGAGCUGCACUGCGACAAGUUGCACGUGGACCCCGAGAACUUCAGGCUCCUUGGGGACAUCCUGAUCAUCGUUCUGGCUUCCCACUUUGCCAGGGAUUUCACUCCUGCCUGCCAAUUUGCCUGGCAGAAGCUGGUCAACGUUGUGGCUCAUGCUCUGGCCCGCAAGUAUCACUGA